UGCUCACUUCCUGUUUGACGUAAUCAGGACGUUAUGCAAUAGCGCUGGGUUUUUUGAGUCCCCAAGUUUGGACUGACAGGUUGUCUGAACAUGUAAUACUUGAGUCAAAGCACAAGUAUCUUACAAGAAAAUGACUCUAAAAGAAGUUGAAGUCACAUUUUAAAAUAUCACUUGAGUAAACGUUUUAAAGUACGACAUUUACUGUACUUAAGUAUCAUGGAAACAUAACCUGCUAGUUCUCAAUUAGGGCAAACUGUAACUUCAUUAUUAUUAUUUCAAACAUGCUUGACCUGUCUAUUAUUGUGCUAUUGUCUACUACAAUCUCACAUUACUCUUAAUAUUAAUGCUUUUAUUUAAAAUAUAUGUGGGAAAUGUAUGCAAGUCUUCAGAUGGCAGCAGUCAUUACAGCACCCCCUCUGGUAGAGCAUGGUAUAGCCCGUGUUUGGUGUUGCCAGGUGACUUCUGCAACAGUAACACAAACCCCAUGCAACACAACCAACUAUGGAAGUUACGGAAAACUCUGAGGAGGUGGAACAGUCUAAUGAGAAGGAGAGGCUGAAGAUGAGAAUAGCUGUUUUGGAAGAGAGUGUGAGGUCUUCUGAGGUGGAGUGUAAAGCCAGCAGGGAGAUGGUGCUGAGGCUGGUGGCCGAGCUGGACCGAGAGAGGAAGAAGGCUGCCAGCAGUGCAGCAGCACUCGAUUCCCUCAAAGUGGAGUUAGAUGACCUGGCUGUGGGAAGGAAGAGUGUUGAGAUGGACAAAGACACACUAAUGGAGAUGCUUGAGGCCAGCAAGAGAGUGACAGAGGCAGCCAAGCGAGAGUCAAACUGUCUGGAGAAGCAGGUGGAGGAGCUUGAAAGAAAGCUGGUGUCAAGCCAAGGAGAGACUCAGGCAGCUGAAGACAAACUACAGAUGUUCCUGAAAAAUGUGGCAGGCCUGCUGUGGGCCAAAUCUGAAAAUGUCAUCCCACCCACAGAAAAAAAUAUUUUACAGAAACUGGAUAAGACCGUGUCGGAGAUGCAGGCCAGACUGUGUUGUGUCUCUGAGGAGCUGAGAGAGCAGGCAGAGCAGCAGCACGGCACACUGCAGAGGGCAAAGCUAGCAGAGCAGCAAGUCCAGGACCUGAGGGAGAGACUGCAAAGUCUAGAAACUGAGCUGAUGACAGCGGACAUGCGUCGAGAUGGCCUGAGACAGAGCAAACAGCAAUACGAAGAGUUCCUGGAACAGCUGUCCUCGACAAUGAUGGUCGACAGCGUUGCUCUUGAUCUCGGCUUCGACAUGAGGCUCAAACUCAUCCUGUCACGUGCAGAGCAACUUGUCAAAAGAGAAGGAGCUGCUUUGAUGGAGAGCAAAAAUCUGACUUACAAUCUACAGCGAAAGUUUAAAUCACAGAAGGAUCAACUAGAGAGCAAAGGACUCCAUGUCCAGUUCCUGAGAAAGAAGGUGUCAGAGCUGGAGGAGGAGAAGAGGUGUCGGUCAGCGUUGGAACGAGAUGACGCUCAUCUGGAGGCCAAGAGGAUGCAGAAAAAACUAGAGCAUCUCCAGAGCGAGCUGAAGGCCACCAAGCAGUCCAACGCUGAGCUCAAGGCUCAGCUGUCCCACACUAAUGAGCUCAAGUUGAAAGUGAUGGAACAGAGUCAGAGCAUGCAGGAGCAGAAAAAGAAGCUGGAGCAGCUGGCGGAGGGGAAGGCCAAGGCGGAGAACACGCUGAGUUCAGUGAGCUGGGACCUUCAGAGUCGAGAGAAACAGACCCAAGAGGAUCAGCAACAACUCAGCAGCCUCAGACAGAGCCUGGUUCUGCUGUCUGACAGGGAGCGAGAACUGGAGGAUUUCCGGAUGGUGGUUUUCCAGAUGCUUGGUUAUGAUGCCACAGCCCUGACUCUCCCAAAUAAUGAAAUCAUCAAAUUACUGGAGUUACUUAUUCACGAUCAUCACCACCAUCACCAUCUUCAUCACCACGUGAAGGUGCCCUGGCUCUGUCCUACUCACCAGAGGCCUCACCAUCUCCACCAAUUCCAGGACAGCUGCUCCCUGGACGUUUCUACCUCCAGGUCAGCUCAUCCAGAUGAUGCAGUUACCCUUUAAAACAAUUUCAAAUAUUUCAAUAAAGCCAAAUCUUACUUUAAAUAUAAGUAAUAUGGUUG